UUCCCGCCCGACUUUUAGAACAAAUUCAGACAAUAAAGCUGGCUUAGGCAGAGCAGUCCCCCACUAGGCAGCUGACUUUCCACUCGAUAUUAGUGUGAGAAGGUCGAACACUUGAAUAACCUCUCUAUACUUUUUGCGCAGGCAGUCUACUAAUCUGUCCUAAGACCCUGGUUCAACAUCAGUAAUCUAUUCGAUAAUGUCGUCUAUUAAGAAGGUUAUCGUGGUCGGAGCGGGUGGCCAUCUCGGGCCACACAUCCUGUCUGCCUUCGAUACCGAUCCUCAAUUUGAAAUCUCCAUUCUGAGGCGUCAUUCAUCAAAGUCCACAUUCCCGUCUCAUAUGCCAGUCCACCGCGUCAGCGACAACUUCGACGAAACCGAGCUGGUUAAGAUCUUUACCGGACAGGAUGCAGUUAUUUGCACGAUCGCCAUGCAAGCCCUUCACCAGCAAAAACCUCUAAUAAAUGCGGCGGUCAAGGCCGGUGUGAAGCACUUUGUGCCGUCCGAGUUUGGGCACGACACGCGGAACGACCAGGCGGCUGCGCUGCUGCCUCAAUUCUACAAGGCGAAGAGACAGAUUGUGGAGUACUUGAAGAGCAAGGAAGGGGAUGGGCUUAGUUGGACGGCGUUCGUGACGGGGCCUUUCUUCGAGAUAGCUGUUUCGAAUUUCCUCGGAUUCGACAUCGACAGGAACCACGCCACGAUCCUCGAUCAUGGCACGAAUCGUUGGUCGGCGACGACUCGCAGCACUAUAGGUCUUGCAGUGAAGAAUGCGAUGCUGAGUCCGGAAAUCGUGGCCAACAAGUACUCGUUUAUCGAGUCAUUCAAUAUCUCGCAGAAUGACAUUCUCGCUUCCUUGGAAGAUGUAAGCGGAGCAAAGUGGGACGUUACCUACCACGGUGCGGAAGAGGAAAAGCGGCUUGCCUUGGAGAAGCUUGCCAAGGGGAACUAUAGCGCAAUCCCUGUGCUCACGCGGUAUAUAACGUGUGUCAAGGGGUAUGGUGGGAACUAUAUGGACAGUGAGGAGAGCGCGAAUAAGCUGUUGUCGUUGCCAGCAGAAAGCCUACGUGAGGUGCUGGCCGAGAUGACAAGCCAUGAAUGAAACCAUCAAGAUCGUACUCUAUCCUUAAAAGGUCACGAAAUGGACAGAUCACACUAUGUCUAUAGAAGACUGGACUUUAACUUCUGUUAUACUCGAAGCACCAUAAGUGCGAUUCCCACCAGUGCAAAGAGCAGACUGCUCAUUAUCC